CAUGAACUUUUUUGUUUUACUAUUUGGUAAAUUGCAGAUCCAUGAAUAUUAGGAAAACUUAUGUACGAAAGAUCGCCGUGCCACAAUGCCUUCAUUCCGUUUCCGUUUUCUACAAAUACUGAAAGAAUGAUUACGAAACAGUGUUCUAUUUUAAAAUUGUCUUCUAUCAUAAAAACGUAUCAGACCAAUCAACGUUUGUACCAAUGAUGAAUAGCCUUUUUUCUACAAAGUAUACCUAGAGAAGGCCUAAAUUAUAAAACUAUAUCAUUUGAUCUGUAUUGUCUUUAGUUGAAAGAAAAGUUUUCAAACAUAAUUUGUGAAAUUGUAAUAUAUACUGGCCGAGCAAGAUUAAGAUUACAAUGAAACGACACACAAAAAAACACCAGAGGUGUUAAAAAUGCAAAAAAUGAAAAGAAUUAAAUUAACUGCUCAUAUAUUGCUACAAAAAAGAUAUUGUACUUGUUCGAAUUUAGAUGAUAUUCUGGAGCCAUAUUUUUUAAAUGGGUUAAAUAAUUAUUCUUCACCGGAAAACAUAAAAAAGAUUGCUUCAAUUGCAGAGCAAAAUCUGAAUCCAAAUCUUAUAAAAGAAUGGAUUGAUAAGCGGAAAAGAAAGGAUAAGCAAAGAAAACCUGUUUCAAAAUUUCUCAGUGGAAAUAACAUUGCUUUUGAAACACCACCGUUAAGAAUGCCGCCUCCUUCUAAAGUCACAACUCUAAAAUUGGAUUGCUGGAAAUAUUACCUUCAAGACUUCCAUUUAGAAGAUAAAGAUUGGCUUUUAAAUGGAAUUGCUAAUGGAUUUUCACUCUAUUGCAAUCCAUUGGCUGCUUUAUCCUCUGCAAAACGUAAUCUAGCAUCUGCUUAUGAAGAACCUGCAAUAAUUGAUCAGUAUUUAAUAGAUGAAAUAAAAUUUGGAACAAUGGCUGGUCCUUUUUACCAACCACCAUUUGAAGAUUGUCACAUCAAUAGGUUUGGAGUUAUUCCUAAAUCUUCAGGCAAAUGGCGAUUAAUUACUGAUUUGUCAUAUCCUCCAGGUAGAAGUGUAAAUGAUGGUAUAUCUGCUGCUGACUCAACUGUUUCAUACACUGGAUUAACAGCAGCUAUAAAAAAAAUUCUUUUAUUGGGUGAAGGAUGUCUUCUUGCCAAGUUUGACAUUCAGCGAGCUUAUCGUUUAAUAGCUAUUAAAGAAGAUGAGCGUAGGUUGCUUGUGCUAAAUUGGAAAGGAUGUUAUUAUGUAGAUCUUGCAUUACCAUUUGGGGCUCGCAGUGCUCCACAAACGUUUACAAGAUUUUCUAAUGUACUUGAAUGGAUCUUAGCAUACCACGGAGAAAUUAAAUACAUACAACAUUCUUUGGAUGAUUUUCUAAUAUGUGGGCCUCCCAAUUCAAAGGUUUGUGGAGAAUCUUUGGAUAAAGCUUUUGAAAUAUGCAAAGAAUUAGGUAUUUUAAUUGAGCAUACUAAAACUGAAGGUCCAGCAACAUGCAUAACAUUCUUAGGUUUUAUUAUUGAUACUACUAAAUUGGAGUUAAGAAUACCUGAAUUGAAGCUUGUUAAAAUUCGAGCAUUACUUGAUGAAUGGUGCAUAAAAAGACAUGGUACAAAGCGAGACUUGUUAUCUUUAAUUGGAGUUUUAUUUUAUUGUUGUCAAGCAAUUAUCCCUGGUCGCCCUUUUUUAAAGCGACUAUUACUAAAAGCUCAUAGCGUUGACCAUUUAUGGUCUCAAGUUCGAUUAACUGAAAAUGAAUUGCAAGACUUAAAAUGGUGGUUUUUUUUAUUAAACAAUUGGAAUGGAAGAAGUUUAUUAAGAAACUUGCCCAAAGAUGCUUUACAACUUCAUUCUUAAUAUCAAUUUUUUUUUUCAGUUUUAAUAUUUUAAUUCAUUUUUUUUUUUAAUAAAUUUUCGUAAAAAAUA